AUGCAGGUAACUCUUGACCAAGAAUUAGAUACAAUAGAACGAAAUUAUAACGGAUGGACUUCGUUGAUUUAUUAUGAUCGAUCAUUAUUACAAAAGCUUGGUACGUGUUUACAAUCAUGUCUAGCAGUAGCAUCAGAUAAUAUUUUUCUUAAUUUGGUCAUUAAUCAACGACCACAAGCAUUUGAUAUGUUUGAAUAUGUUGCUGCAUACUUAUUUAAACAAUGGUAUUUUCAAAAUCGUACAUUGAUUGUUGAAGAAUUAAAUUUUUUAACUGUCGUUGGUACAUUUAAUCGACGUUUAGCAUUAACAUUACAAAAUGAUAAUGAUGAUAUUGAUGGAAUUGAUGAACAAAAUUCAUUCACAAAAAAUAAUCUUGAACAUCAUAGACAUGUACGAGAAUUAUUGUUUGAUAAUUAUAGCGAAAUAUUUGAAAUUUUAAUUAAAAUAUUACCAUAUAUGAAUAGAAACGAAUCAGAUUUCGUUGAUAUGAUUUUACCAUGGUAUGAAUCAUACAUGUUUUUUGAACAUAGUUAUGUUGAUUCAAGAUUAGAUGAAAAAUUUCUUUAUUUUAAUCAAAAGAUAAUUGAAUGUUUAAAAUCUGAUGAAUAUAAACAAAAUUUAUUAUCAAUAAAUAAUAAUCAAACAAUGAUAAUAACUGCUCUACAUCGAUUUUAUAUAGGUACAUGUACAAUGGCCAUGGGCAUACAUGUUAAUUGUGAUGAAAAUGAAUCCGAUGAUGAUGCAAAAAAUUUAUUAGAAUUAUAUUUAUCGUAUUAUAUAAAUUUUAUACAGUAUUUUUCCAGUCAAAUUCAAGAAAAUUCAUUAAAUAAUUUAGUUUGUUUAACAGGGAUAAUAACAUAUGUUGUUAACUAUACGUUGGUUAUUGAUAAUGAUAAUAAUAGAAAAUUAUUAUUUGAUUUAUUUUCAAUAAUUCUGCAUGAGAAUUUCUAUAUGAAUAUAUGCAUUCAUUGGUCAACUUAUGAAACAAUAUUAUUUGAUUCAAUCAUCUGUUAUUUAAUAAUUUAUUGUUUUGAUAAUAUGUUAUUAAUUCAAGAUUUGCUACGUACAGAUAAUAAUUAUAUAAGAAAAUUAGAAACCUUAAUUGAACAAGCACAAGCAUGUGGAAAUCGCCGUAUAAGUAUCAUGGCACAAUUAUUUUUACUUAUAAUAACAAGUGCAACAAAAAAUGAAGAUUUAACUGAAAAAUUAUUUCUUUCUAGUUUAAAUUAUAUUCAAAUAUCUUUACAAAACGUUCGUUCGUAUCAUUAUAGUCGAAUACCAAUGAGUCUCUUUUUUAAAAGUUUAAUACAUAUUGUAAAAUAUGAUUAUAUACAAGAAAUUAUUCAAGAACAAUAUUUAAAUCUAUUUACGAGUGUUCUUACUAAUUAUGAUAGAAAAAAUCUAUAUGAUAACAAUAUUUAUCGUGAAUCAACAAUUAUAACAUUGAGUAUUUUAUGGUCAAUAUCAUUUGAUGAGAAUAUUAAAAAAAUUUUAGCAGAAACCGAACAAGAUUUUUUCGAUAUUCUAAAGAAAAUCAAUUUAAAUACAAAUGAAGUGUCUGUUAAACAAGCAACAUGUGGAUUACUUUAUAAUCUUGAUCGAUUGGAUUUAUCGCAAUACUCAUUAUCACAUGAACAACAUUUUGGCAAAACAAUCGGCAUUAGUUACGAUCCAAGUGAUUGUAAAACUGUAGAAAUGAUCGAACAAGAAUUAAAUAAAAAUGGUCUUCGUGUAUGGACUACAUAUGAUCAUAUGAAUGAUGAUUUUAUUCCAACAUUUAUAUCACUUAUGAAUAGUACAACAUAUUUAAUUGUAUGUGUUAGUGAUAUGUAUCGAUUAAAUAAUCGAUGCCGCACAGAACUUUUCUAUGCUACAUCAUCUGGCCAUCGAGUUUUAUCAUGGAAAAUUGGCACGUCAACAAAUAAUUCAGAUGAUGAUGAGCAAAUUCGUAGUCAAGCCAUAGAAACAUUACUUAAAUGCAUUAUACCAAAUUAUGAUGAUAAAGUUGAUUCAAAAGUACUACCAGCUAUUGAUAUUGCAUAUAUUAGUGUUGAUAUGAACGAACGUCGUGCACCUAUAAAUUUUAAUCACCGUCAACGAGCACAAGAAAUGAUGAACUUAGAAAAUUGGACCAAUAGAGAAGUUCUUGCUUGGUGUGAAUCUUUAAACUUACCAAGUUUUUCAAAAUUACUGAAGAAUUUCGAUGGACAAAGUGUUAUCAGAUUACAUGAAUUUUGUAAACCUAAUUCAACAGAAACUAUAUCAUUACUAAAUAAUGAUCUACAUAAUAUCUGUCAACAAGAAAAUACUGCUGAUAUUCAAAUAUCAGUUCAUGAAUUUAUUCAAUUUCAAAUUGAAGUUGAAAAAAUGUUACAAACAAAAACCAUUUUCAGAAAGUCGUCACUAUCAAUUUCAACAGCACGACAACAUAUUUAUAAGGGAUUGAAAAUCAAAACUUGUUCGAUUCUUUAG